AUGGACUCCUCUCCCACACAAGACCCGAUCGCUGAGCUCGUCACGAAUUACCAUGAACUCAACAGUUCAAUAAUCGAAGAACUACACGAAGAACCCAGCCCUCUCGAGUUCAUGCGUUAUGUGGCACGCAACACGCCCUUUGUUGUUCGAGGGGCCGCUAGGGAUUGGCCUGCAAUGCGGUUAUGGACCCUUGAUUUCCUGAAGAGUGUGAUGGGGGAUCAGGAGGUGAAUGUUGCUGUUACGCCAUAUGGCAAUGCCGAUGCCCCAACUCCCUACACACCCCCCAACUCCUCCUCUCCUCCAACUCUAGUUUUUGCCAAGCCGCAUUACGAAUUGCAACCCUUCACUCACUUCCUCUCCCGUGUAACAGCCCAAGAACUUGCCCCCUCCAAAGGCCAAGAAAUUCUCUACUCGCAGACUCAAAACGACAACCUCCGCUCGGGCGAAUUCGCACCUCUUUUCUCCCUCAACCACGUCCCGACUCAAAUCCCCUGGGCCCGAAUCGCAUUGUGCCCAAAACCAGCCCGAGAUCUCAGCUCCAGCUGGGGUAGUGACUAUGAGGAUGAACCCAAACUGGGACCGGAUGCAGUGAACCUCUGGAUCGGAACCUCUAAAUCCGUGACGGCCCUGCACCGCGACAACUACGAGAACGUAUACGUCCAGGUGGCAGGGGAAAAACAUUUUGUGCUGCUCCCGCCGUGGGAUGCAGCAUGCGUGAAUGAGCAGCCACUUCGACCAGCUCGCUAUCGGAGGAGGGAAAAUGAUGGGAAGUUGGAGCUGGUGCUGGAUAAGGAUAUUGGUGAGGGGGAUGAACCCGUGCCGUUUGCAACAUGGGAUCCGGAUAAACCAGAGGUCUCGCAGAGUGCUGGGCCUGAAGGCGUGUGUAUUGCCGUCAACUAUUGGUAA